UUAUUUUAAGCCCGAGACCAGGGUACUUUCUUCCUUCUUUUACCUUUAAAAUUUUCCAUAUAGGUAUCGUCCAAGAAAUACCAUAUUCCCGAUGCUGCGCUUCUUUUCCAUGUAAAAAAAUAUCCUCUGAUCUUUCAGAAAGGAGUAGGAACCUUCCCGUGCCCACUUUUUAAUAUUCCCUCGAACCAAUCUUAAUCCUUUAUAUACGAUGUUCCUUUCUGAACAUUUACUUAAGCUAUACCCCAACAAAAAAAUAUGGGCCCUUUUUCAGAGAACAUAAGUUUUCCUCCUGAGAAAGAAGCUUACAGAGUGAUAAUUUACAGGCAUCAUCCCAGCAAAAAUGGAAGAGAGACCGGAAAUAUGGUUAAUUUGCCACGCACAAUCGAUCAUCUUUUAAAAUUAGCUGGUAGAAUCUAUGGAUUUCAUCCUGUUAAAGUAUUCAAUGAAGAUGGUGCACAAAUUGAGGACUUGAAUGUCAUCAGAGACAAUGAUAGGUUGUUUCUUUCUGACAGGGAAGAGCUUGAACAGACAUUUCAUGGGAAGUGGCUGAAACAAUUUUGAUCUCAUACUAAUAGAUUGAGACUUGUAAGUGUAUGUAGCAUUUGACAUUUUUUUAACAUAAAACAUGUAAAAGCACACAUCCUCCAUCUUCUACCCCCCGCCCCAAUAUAACAAGAAACAAACCGCUUUUGUUUGGUGCAUGAAUCUAUAUCGUACAUAAAUGAUCGGUUAUGAACA